AUGGGAGGAGGUGAAAGUACACUUUUGAACCAGCCCUGGAGAGAGAUUAACUGGAGACAAAAGGACGAUCUUCUUAGAUUUGUGAAAAGGUUCAAACCAGAAGGAGCCUCUCACCUGCGCGUCCUGCUCUAUGGACCAGUGGGUGUGGGAAAAUCCUCCUUCAUCAACACUGCCAUCAGUAUUAUUACUGGCAGAACAUAUAGCGGCGCUGGUGUCGAAACUAGCACCUCCGCUACUCAAAGCUUCACCACAACAUACAGAACUUACAAAAUAAGAUCUGAAGGCAAAAAAAUCCCAAUUGUGUUCAACGACAUAAUGGGAAUAGAAGCUGGAGGAGGUGUUGGAGUUCGGCCGGACGACAUCAGACUGGCCAUGGAAGGACAUGUAAUGGACGGCUAUACGUUUGAUCAAAAGAAUACAAUAUCACCUGAAGAUGGGAAAUACAAUGGAAAUCCCUCUAUUGAUGACAAAGUCCAUGUUCUGGUGUGUAUCCUGAACGCAAACAUCACAGAGAUUAGUCCAGAAGUUCUUGUGAAGAUGAGAGAAAUCAAAGAAGCGGCCAGAGAUCUGGACAUUCCUCAGAUGGCCGUUGCCACACACAUUGAUCAAAUCUGUCCUGAGAUUGACAAGGAUGUCAAGAACGUCUACAAGAGCAUUGCUCUUAAGAAAAAGAUGGAGUACUUUACCUCUAAAGUUGGAAUCCCAGUUAACUGCAUCUUUCCAGUGAGAAACAACUAUGAAGGACCAGACCGUGAAGCUGUGGAUGUGUUGUUCCUCACUGCUCUGAAACACAUAGUGGAGUUUGGGGACGACCAUCUUUUCAACAUAUAUGGAUAACCAAGUACUUAAAGUGAAAGUCUAUUUUCUUUUGUUAUUUUAUGUCGAUAAGUUGGUAUUAUUGUACUUUAAGAUGAUUAACAUUGCAGGCUGCUGGAUUCUGGAUUUUUAUUUUGGGUAUUUCUUUCAAAAACACUCAACCUCCCACAGAGUUAUAUAGACCACUGCUCUCCAUCGGAGAUUAUGACAUAUAAUUCUUGAGCGUGGACGUGGUUUAUGUCAGGUCUUUGAUUGUCUCUGAUGCUGUAACAACAAACGUCUUAAAGAAAGUUUGAACUUAAAUCUCAAUAAAUUGUUCAUUGACCAAUAAGUUUGUCUCUGUCAAGUG